AUGGUUGCUGCGCGUAGGAGCUCGUUUUCUAAAUGCCCACCGUGUCAUGCGCCGCCGAAGCGGAAGACAUGGCUGAUAACUGCUGCCCACACGUGGGAUCCCCGCAGGGCCCGUUUUGUUCUUCACGACGUCAAAAUUCGGGACAGACGUGCCGCCCGCAGCCCGCGAGCCGUCGCGGGAGGGCAGAGCGGAGCCGUCUGUGGUGGCUCACCUAAUACUCGCUUCUUGCGCAAAAAGCAGGUGAGUGACUGGAUUCGUGAGGAUGACCCAACAGAGCAGAUUUACCGGAAGGGAGCCGUUAGUGAGGCAUCUCGAGUGAUGGUAGCAUCGCGUAACUAUGCAGACUUUGCAAGUGAAGCUACAUUUGAACUUAAGAAAUGCGACCUCCAUCGCCUGGAAGAAGGCCCUAGUACCACAGCAGUGAUGACCCGAGAGGAAGGGCUUCAUUACUACAAGACAAUGCAGACCAUACGACGCAUGGAGCUGAAGUCAGACCAGCUGUACAAGCAGAAGAUCAUCCGUGGCUUCUGCCACUUAUAUGAUGGUCAAGAGGCUUGCUGUGUAGGGCUGGAAGUUGCCAUAAAGCCUACAGACCACGUGAUAACAGCUUACAGAGCUCAUGGCUUCACCUAUGCGCGAGGAGUGCCUGUUCGAGAAAUUCUUGCCGAACUUACAGGUCGAAAAGGAGGAUGUGCGAAGGGAAAAGGAGGAUCAAUGCAUAUGUAUACCAAAAACUUUUAUGGUGGCAAUGGUAUUGUUGGUGCUCAGGUUCCUCUUGGAGCUGGGAUCGCACUGGCCUGUAAAUACUUCGGUAAAAAUGAAAUCUGUCUGACGUUGUAUGGGGAUGGUGCAGCCAAUCAGGGCCAAAUAUUUGAAACAUACAAUAUGGCAGCCUUAUGGAAGUUGCCUUGUAUUUUUAUCUGUGAGAACAAUCGGUAUGGAAUGGGAACUUCGGUUGAAAGAGCUGCAGCCAGUACUGACUACUACAAAAGAGGAGACUUUAUUCCAGGGCUCAGGGUGGAUGGCAUGGAUGUUCUCUGUGUUCGAGAAGCAACAAAGUUUGCGGCUGAGCACUGUAGAGCUGGAAAAGGUCCUAUUCUGAUGGAGCUGCAGACAUACCGUUAUCACGGCCACAGUAUGAGUGACCCUGGAAUAAGCUAUCGUACCAGAGAAGAAAUUCAAGAAGUGAGAAGCAAAAGUGAUCCCAUUACUUUGCUGAAGGACAGAAUGGUCAACAACAACCUUGCUAGCAUUGAAGAAUUAAAGGAAAUUGAUGUGGCUGUAAGGAAGGAGAUUGAGGAAGCUGCUCAGUUUGCUACCACUGACCCAGAGCCACCGUUGGAAGAACUAGGUAACCACAUCUACUUCAAUGAGCCACCCUUUGAAGUGCGUGGCCCAAACCAGUGGAUAAGGUACAAGUCUGUCAGCUAAAAGCCUUUUUGUUGGCAUAACUUAUCCAGAAGAAUAAGUAAUGCUUUUACAAGAACUAUAAUGACUCAGAAACAACCCUUAAGCUUAUUUAAAAGCUCUUUCAAAGAGGAAAUGUGUAAGGAAAUCCAUCUCAGCAUGGAUUUUUCUUAAACAUCCUGAAUGUUGUUGCAGAAGGAGCUAAAUUAAAGCAGCAGUUUAUUUAAAUUGCUAUAUAUUUACUGACUUUUCUUUGGAUUGCUGUAUGUGUUAUGUACAGUGUAAAAAAGAAAAAAUUAUUAAACUUUAACAACAUUUA